GGUCGCAAAAUUGGUGAUGAAUUGAUAUCGGUUGAAGGUCUGAAAGAGAAUGUGCAAGUAGAAGAAGGAUGUGACGUGGUGGAAAAUCUAAAAAACAAGACCAAUGAGGUGUCUGAAGCAUGGUCGAAGCCCAAGCCAAUUAAACUUUCUUUCAAUAAGAACAUGGUUGAACGAUCAGAAGAUGGAAUUGCUGUGAAGUUAAAUUCUGAUAUGGAAUUAAAGAAUUCGCAGGUUUUGAAAAAUUCUGUAGCGAUCAAAGUUUUGGGAAAUAAUGUGCCUUUCUCGGUGUGUAGUACCGAAUUAAGAAAGCAGUGGGUAUUGAAUGGAGGACCCUGGUACAUCAAUGGAUUCAUUGUUGGUAUGGAUAGGUGGACUGCUGCUUUUGAUCCGAACUCACUGAAAGGAAUUUCUGCUCCUGUAUGGGUUAGAUUUCCUUGUCUUCCGUUGUAUUGCUGGGACGAAGACCAAAUUGCCAGAAUUGCAUCGUGUUUGGGAACACCAAUUUAUGUUGAUGGAAAUACAUUCGGCUGGAGCAAAAGGGAAUUUGUCCGUGUUUGUGUUAGGAUUAAUCUGGAGAAGAAGUUGAUGAAUGGUGUGUGGGUUGAUGGAUCUGCUGGUCGGUUCUUUCAACGGGUUGAGUACGAGAAGAUGGAAUUGCUCUGUUACCAGUGUGGUAGAGUUGGCCACAAGAAAGAAUUAUGCCCCGAUAAUGUUUUGAUUGGCAUACAAAAUCAGUCACUGAAGGAGAAGGAG